AUGAAACACCUCAUCGCCGGCCUCGUCUCUGCCGCCGCCGCCGCCGCCGCCGCCGCCCCAUCCAGCCCUCUGGCCCAGCACCCCAUGGCCAUCAUGCCCGACGACGCGCGCCGCCCAGACGACAUGAUGCCCUCGGGGGACAAAAACCCGCCGCCGCCCGCAGUCAAAUUCCGAUCCGCCAGCCCGUCGCCCGCCGCCGCCGCCGCCCCCAAGCACCACGACGGCAGCCACGGCAAAUACGAGCCCGAAACCCAGUCCCGCAUCUCGCUCAGCGACACCAUCGGCCCCCUGCGCUCCAUAUCCUCCUUCGCGUCCCUCGCGCGCCUCUUCACGUCCACGUCCUCCCUCCUGUCCGACCCGUCCGCCAACACGACCGUCCUUGCGCCCCUCAACUCGGCCAUGGACGGGCUGGCCCGAAAACCCUGGGAGUCCCCGGCCGACUACCGCGCCCUCGGGCCACAAGCCUACGACGGCAGCGGCGGCCAAGACCGCGCCAACAAGAACCUCCAGCGCUUCGUGGAGGCCCAUCUCGUCGCCACGAGUCCCUGGGCCGAGGGGGAAAGCGCAAGGACCCUCGCCGGGCGGCACCUCUGGUGGGAGGACAGGCACGGCCAGAGGGUCCUCAUGCCCGACGGUGUCGCCGUCGACCGCGUCGCCAGCAGAGUGUCCAACGGCGAGCUGGUGAGUCCCCCCCCUCCGGCGCCUGGCGGUUGA